AUGGAGGAGCACCUGAAUUUCUUCAAGGAAGCAGUUUUGCUUCUCAUUUUCCUCAGAUUGGCAGCCUUAAUUUACAAAUAUAGAAAUCGUGCCAGUUUAUGGCCUCUACCUGCAGCGAUUGGAACAAGCGAAAGGAAGGACGUCUAUCAAGAUCUGCCUGGUUGGCCAUUAUUGGGACAACUACCAGAGGUUAUAUUGAACAGCCGCAGCUUGCUUGAAUGGAAUUCUAGGAAGGAGAGAACAUAUGGUCUCGGGUUUUCUGUGACCUUGCCAGGUAUGAGGCUUAUAGAAAUCAGUCGCCCAGACUGGAUCGAGCAUGUUCAGAAAACCAAUUUUCAAAACUAUGUCAAAGGCAAUUUCUUCCGGGAGGUCAUGUCAGACGUAUUUGGUCAGGGUAUCUUUGUGGCUGACGGUGCAAAAUGGAAGUCCACUCGGCAGGUCACAGCACGAAUCUUGAAUGCCCACAACUUCAGGACAAUCGUGGCACCGGCGAUACAUGACACUCUACGAGCUUUCAACGAUCUAUUGGAAGUGAAAGCAAAUGAGGGCUCAAUCGUGGAGCUAGAUGACUUUUUUCAUCGCUUUACCUUAGAGGCUUUCAUCCAAAUGACCAGGCCAAGACCGGGCAGGAGCUCGAUCCCUUUUCACAUGCAUUCGACUUUGUUCAGAGACAACUUGACCUUCGGUUCAUCCUUACUGCCUUCUCAACGCAUCUUGGAAGCCGAGACUCCUCGAGAUUUGUUGGGACUCUUCAUGGAAUUUAGUGAUGAAAAAGGUGUCUCACUGAGCCGGGAUGAAUUGAAGGAUUCGGCCUUGAACCUCAUUAUCGCUGGAAGAGAUACCACGGCUCAAGCACUUUCUUGGACAUUUUUUCACCUUACAAAACGGCCGGAACUACUUGUCCCCAUCAGGGAGGAGAUUGCUCGCUUGAUACCGAAUGACGAUGUCAUGGUAGAUUACGACAGCUACAAGCAAUUUACCAAUGUUCUCGCUGUCUUUUACGAAGCUCUACGGCUCCAUCCCAGCGUACCUAAGAAUGCCAAGUUUGCUCUCAAUCACGACAAACUCCCAGAUGGACCCCUCAUUCAACCGGGCGAUUGCUUACGCUGGAGAAGUGAUUGGCAAAUGGCCCGAGAUCCAAACAUCUGGGGCCUUGACUGUGCUGAAUUCAAGCCGUCUCGGUGGAUAGACCCGGAUGGAAAGUUGAAACAAUAUGGUCAAUGGAAAUUCCAUGCUUUCAAUGGUGGGCCAAGGAUCUGCAUUGGCAUGCACUUGGGUACGAUGGAAGCGGUGGGUGUCAUAGUCGAGAUUGCACGCAGAUAUGAUCUACAAUUUGCCCCAGGAUGGCUAUCAAGAGUGCCAAAGAUCGAAAAAAUCACACCUCAAUGUACAGAACAGACGCCAAAGUAUGGCUCUUCUCUGACUCUACCAAUGGCUGAACGGAUGGAGUUGAUACUCACUACAAGAGACAAGGGCUCUGCUCAAUGUAUCGAGUCAACAGCAGAGUCAUGUCACAAGGUCAAUUAG